AUGCAUUUGUACCAUUUGAUUCACUAGAUUACUUUUUAACAAGUUUAUGGAUAUGCCGAUGGAAAAUAGCUACUAUAAUAUAAAUUCAAAUGCAACGGUGUAUCUGCAUUUUAUCAAGGAUUCUGGUCCCUUUUUAUAGGAGGUUGGUUAGCAAGCAUAAUGGCACAUAAAGCUUUGUAAAACUAUAGAAAAUAAUUGAUCAAAGUGAAGAUAAGAAAAAUGAAUUAAGUUUAUUUUCCUGUAUUCUUCCUAUCUAAGCAAAGAAGUAAUCUCAAACCCAUUCAAGAUACUAGCAAUUUAAAAAUUGACUAGCUUCAAGUAUAAAUUAUAUAGAUAAAUCUAUAAUUAAUUGAUAAAAGAAUAAGGUUAUCAAUGGAUCUUUUGAUCUCUAGACACUAAAUUGCUUAUUGCAUUAUUGAAGAGCUCAUAUAUUAUUUAUGUUUUUGA